UAUCCAUACAGAAUAGGAUAAGGGACUAUUAUGUGUGAGCUGCUUGAGCCCCUUGAUUGGAUUGCCUAUGCUGCAGACUAUAAUGGUGGGAAGAAGAUUGUAGCCACGCGUGAAUAGAAUCUGAUCGUCUAGGGACCUGCAAUGGUUUUCAGUGGCAGCAGAGGAUCUGAUACAUUCUUUCUAUAACAAGGAUACUCUUCAUGCAUAUGUAUGACUACCCCCCAGCCUUGGCUGCUGCAGUCUAUUGACGGGGGCUCUUGUGGAGAAUAAUGGAAAACAAUACAUUCUGCCGGGGACCAGGGUGACAGCUCCUGCAAACUGCAGCACAAUUCGUUCUGUUCCAUAGGGAGAUCACCCUCAGGACACGGGAGUCAUGCAGGAACAGAUGGUGUGGGGAGCCCUGAGCCUCCUACGGGUAGUAUGGUGCCUUGUUCCGCAGAAGGGAUACCUGCACCCUGAUGAAUUCUUUCAGUCUCCUGAGGUCAUGGCAGGUGACAUUUUAGGUCUGGAAAUCAAUCGUCCUUGGGAAUUUCUCCCCGUCUUCCCCUGCAGGACAGUGCUCAUACCUCUGCUAACAUCAGGCACUGCUUUCUGGAUCGUUGAAAUACUGCGUCGGUUGGGAUUUGAGACAGCUGUGAAUUGCGGUUACAUUCUUCUAGUGCUCCCUCGACUCUUCAUAACGGUUCUCUCCUUUGUACUGGACUACACUGUGUAUCAGGUAGCACCAGCCUGGGGAUCAAACCCAUGGAAGGCAUUGGUCCUCUUAGCUAUGUCUCAUGUGAUGCUAGUUUUCUACACAAGAACCAUCAGCAAUGCUAUAGAGGGCAUGCUAUUUGCUGUACUCCUUCUCCUUACUUCCUCUGGAAAGUGUAACAUUACAGUAACUGGCAUGGUCUUGGCAGCUGGAUUUUUUAACAGACCCACUUUUCUCUGUUUUGCCUUCAUGCCAGUACUCUACAAGGUUUCCCAAAGUGACAAGUCACAAUUCUCCUACACAGCCGCUAUGUUUAAUUUAAUUAGGAUGUUACCCAGUGUAAUGUUCACCUCACUCAUCUUCAUGGUAGCUGAUACAAUGUACUAUACAGGCCAUUAUCCAGUUUCUAUAAAUUGCACGGAAGGCUUAUUUAACCAAGUAAUACAAAAUACUAUUUUAACACCACUUAACUUUCUGCGGUAUAACCUCAACCCCCGUAACCUUGCACAACAUGGGGUUCACCCCCCAAUAACUCACCUAGCAGUUAACGGUCUUAUGCUCUUUGGAGCUCUCCAUGUGUACGCAUUGUGUUCUGGCAUUAACAUGAUAAAACACAAGAUAUGGCUAAAAUCUAAUGUUCAGAAGAGCGAGAAUGGGCAGCAAUCUCUCCAACAAAACAGCUUACUGUUAAUGUUUUAUUUUGCACCACUAUUACUCAUGUCGUUAUUUAAGCACCAAGAACCUCGCUUCCUCAUUCCCCUGGUGUUACCUUUAGUUUUAUUAGUUUCCAAUUAUAACAGAACGGUGAAAACAAAAUGUGUUAUUGUCUUGUUUAAUGUCCUAGGAGCCCUUUUCUUUGGCUGCCUGCAUCAAGCUGGAUUAAUUCCCAGUUUAUUCCACAUACAGCAAAUUGUGCAGUCUGCAUCCUCUGGCAACAUGUCAUCUCAUCAUACAAUCCUGUUCACACACACAUACAUGCCUCCUUAUUACUUGCUGGGAUUGCAGAAAGGACAAACAUCAGUGGGUAUUAUAGAUCUUGCUGGCAUGCCUGAAGUCCACCUGUGCCAGAAACUACAAGGACUUCAGGCAGAUCUGUCCCACCGAAACUCACGUGAGCUGGGGACAAAGAGGCAUCAUUUUAUAAUUGUGUUCCCUGGUACUAUUAGAUCGCUUGUGGAAACUUGUGGUUUGGUCCAUAAUGCCGAGACCUUCUUUACUCCACAUUUGUCUAUGGAAGAUCCUCCCAUGAUUUCCCAUUUGUUCACAGGUAACUUAAUAAGUCACAUAGCUCUGCACAUAAUUGAGGUGAAUGUGGACACAUGACGGUGAUAACACGUUUGAGUCAGUUUCGCAAGCAUGCUAAUGUUGGCGAAAAGAAUAUCUACGGGAGACUUUUUUUUUAUUACAAAUUUGGCCCAUCCAUAUUCAAAUGUGAAAAUGACACUGUGAUUUUUUAUGGGAUAUUACAAUAAGCACAAGUUCUAGAUGCUGGCAUUUAGUGAUCAAGUUAUUGACAUUGACAUUGUGUAAAUUAAAAUAGCAAUAUUCUUUCACCAUGUAGUUAAAUGCUGAUCUGUAAACAUCCCGGCCCUCAGGCACCCUAACAGUGUCUGGGUCUGGGACUGAUGGUACAGUAAGUGGUUGUGUGGUACCCCCAUAAAAGCCAAACAAAAAAACUUCAGGGGCUGCAGUCACAUAUGUAAGCUCUAUACAUAGCAGUGAAGGGAGGGGUAGAAGCAGAGGGAACCCUAACUAACUGUUUGUGGUAACCCUGUUACAAUUUGGUUACUGCAAAAUACCAUUUUAUAAAUGAUAUCCUAUGUAAUAAAAGGCUAACGCUGCGCCUCACUUCUAUGGGGGGGGGGGGGAUUCAAGUGUUUUGUGUGUUGGUGGCCACUAGAUGGCACCCGAUGGAGUAAUUCUAGUGUUGCUCCGUUCAGGCAUGCACAGUCGCCGGUGCUGACAUUACUGUUAUGUUCCGUCAUUUUGACGGGCUGGUAACUAGUUAUUUAUAAGACAGAGAGGAUGUUGCAUUUAGACAUAGCUGUGCUUAGGCACCCCCACACAUUUGAUCUGGUUCUACCUUCCACAAGUUCAUAGGGAUAACUUCUAAUGACAAUAAUUCUGCAAUUUAAUCUAUGAUCCGAAAACCAAGAUGACUUAUACAGGCAGUGGGAACUGUCACUGGGCAGAGCCGGCCAUAGGCAUAGGCAAACUAGGCAAUUGCCUAGGGCAUUUGAUAUGCCUAGGGGCAUCAGCAGCUUCUGCUGAUUAAAAUGAUAUGCGGCAUGCCUAUAUUCUGUGUGUAGCAUUUCAUAUGCAGAUACAGCCACAGUCUCACACAAUAUAUAGGCAUGCUGCAUAUCAUUUUAAUCAGCAGAAGCUGCUUGUGCAUCCUAGCCGCAUAGCAAUGCAAAUAAGAUGCAUCUUCAUAAAAAAAGGUGCCCGACGUUAGCAUUGAGGCAAGAUUUAUGAGGACACAUCUGUAUCCAAGCAGAGGCAGGGUUCACAGUGUUAGCGGCUGUGUGAGUGCUGUGUGCAUGCGAGUGGGUUGGUUGCGCAGUAGUGUUCAGAAUAUGUGUAAGGGACACUAUGUGUGUCAUUAUGUGUAUAAGGGCAUUAAUAAUGUGCAGCAUAUGUGUAAGGGACAUUAUGUGUAAAAGGGCAUUAAUAAAGGUUGUCAUAAUGUGUAAGGCGCAUUAGGUUUAUAAGGACAUUAAUAAUGUGUGUCAUAUGUGUAAGGGGCAUUACUUUGUGGAAUUAUGUGUAUAAAUGCAUUACUAAUGUGUGGCAUUAUGUGUAUAAGGUGCUCUACUAUGUGGCACUGCAUAUAGAAAGGGCACUACUGUGUCGUCUAAUGUGAAUAAAGAGCAAUAGGGUGUGGUGUAAUGUGAAUAAGGAGCAAUUCAGUCUGAUGUAAUGUGAAUAAGGGGCUCUACUGUGAGGAGUAACGUUUAUAAGGUAAAGUGAUACUACUGUGGGAUGUAAUGUGAAUUAUGAACACUAUCGCAUGAUCAAAUGUGAAUAAAGUUGCAGUACUGUGUGGUGUAA